AUGAGCCGAACACAUCCGCCUAACUCACAGAUGGAGGUCUUUGGAGAGCUUGCGAGGAGUCGAGAGAGGUCAUACUCAAACAUGCACACAUCGACGAUUGGCUCAGGGCCCAAGAACAAUACUUUAUCAAAUAUCGGUCGGCUAAUAUCUACGGCACUGAAGUAUGGCGUAUCAUGUAUCAUCAAAGAUUUCGCCAUCGAGUUUGAUCAGAGCUGGUCCAUCAAUCGCCCAGGGAACAUAUACGGCCUAAGUGAAGAGAACUCUGCUCGAGGAUACCUGGAAAAACUACUCUUCGACCGCGCGCAUCACAGAAACUUCGACGGCCUUGAGAACAUCUGGCUUAUCGACAAAGGCGCCAUGUGGUCGAGGCAUCCCCAUCAGUACUACUGUACGUCUGACGUUGAGGGAUUACAAGAAGCCCCAACCCCCGAACAUGAGAUUGUUGCGGUAUAUCGCGGUUGUGAUGCGGAGUAUGUCGAGGUUGCUUGGGAACAGUGCUCUCACAAAACCGCCGAUGGUAUGGCUCCAUCUUCGAAAGGGUUUGUCGAAAAGCUAGGUCUGGAGUCCGACUUCGUCGCCCUUCCUCCAUCGGCCCAAAUGCGGUCAUCCCCUAAAAAGGACUCAGCAACACUGGCCCGACGCUUAGUCCAAGUUGGACAUGGGCUAUUAUUUUCCUCAUUCAACCAUAUUCAAUAG